AUGACUGAUAAUGAUCAGGAGCUUCAGCGCUAUCAAGCUUUCCUGAGACCCCUUGAAGGAGAAAAUACCCAAGUCAAAGCCGGUAUAGAUGCCGCCGAAGAAGAGUUUAGGAACGCACCCUUGGUUUGGUGGGACGUAAAGCAGCACAUGGGCCAGCACGGUGCUGGUCUGGGACAAUUCGCUGUCAUGGGUACUGAACUAAAAGAAGUGGAGGAUAAGGAUCCGAAGCCGGUACUACUCAACACCAACUCACCAUGGUCCGCAUUCCUAUGCGGCUCCCAAGGAUCUGGAAAGUCACAUACGCUGUCGUGCAUGCUCGAGAACUGCUUAUUGGAUGAGCCAAACAUAGGCAAGAACCCACAUCCCCUUGCAGGCCUCGUUUUCCACUAUGAUCGCUCUCGGGGCAGCGGUGUCUGCGAAGCAGCAUACCUUUGCACCUCUGUACCGACUAAGGUCCUUGUGAGUGCAAGCAACUACGGCAGGCUGAAGCAGCAAUACGAGGCUAUGGCCAAACAAUAUGGUGGAAAUAUCGAAGUCGAGGCGCUUGAGCUGCAUGCUUCGCAUCUCGACACGGAACGUAUCAAGUUGCUCAUGGCUGUCGGCAAGGAGGGCGAGAUGCCAUUGUAUAUGAACGUCCUCACAAACAUCUUGCGAUCGAUAGCUAUCGCAAAUGGUGGUACUGGCAGCUUCGACUACAAAACCUUCACAGACAGACUCGCAGAGUCGGGCUUCACAGAUAUGCAGAAUGGACCACUCAAUUUGCGACUUGAUCUGCUGGAAAGCUACGUGGACGUCCCACCGAGACCUAGUACCGUGAGGGAGAACAGAAGGACUAUAACGAAAAUCAAUGCGCGCCAUAAAAAUCGAAAGCCUGGUCAGCCCGAUAUCCUCCGUCGACCACCCGGCAGCUUAACCAUCAUUGACCUCACCGAUCCGGUGGUUGACCCCGAUUCGGCAUGUGCGCUCUUCGAUAUCUGUCUUUCCAUCUUCAUCUCCCAGACCACAUGCGGGAAGAUCAUAGCGCUUGACGAAGCACACAAUUACAUGGGCGACAACAGUGCUGCCGCUGCGCAAUUCACCGAGAGACUCCUGAAGACUAUCCGCGAGCAGCGACACCAAGGUGCAAGAGUCGUCAUCGCUACUCAAGAGCCAAGUGUUAAUCCCCGCUUGCUGGACCUAUGCAACAUUACGAUGGUACAUCGAUGCACGAGCCCAGCGUGGUUUGCGGUCUUGAAGGAACAUAUGGCAGCGUUGGACAAGAAAAAUCAAGACGCGUUCGAGAAGAUUGUAAGGUUGAGAUUGGGUGAGGCUCUGCUAUUCUGUCCUACGGCUGCGAUGAAGCUAGCCGUAGACAAGAAAAGUAUUGUACGCAUGGACACGGACAUUGUCAAGUUUCGCACGAGGAGCCGCAUCACGGCCGAUGGAGGGCGAAGUAAGCUUGCGGAUAGUGGUUAG